AUGAACGUACUCAAGCUACAAAAGAAAUACCCCCAGUUCCCGCAAUCCGAGAUCUACGGGCUCAGCGAUGCCUUUCGCAAACUCGACGUCGACGACAAGGGCUACGUAGACGAGGCGACGGCCAUCAAGUCAGCCCAAGGCACCGAGCGACAGCCGUACGAUGUGGUGAGACAGGCGCUGAAAGAGGUCGAGCUGGACAGUUCGAGGCGUGUGGAGCUCGACGACUAUGUCGAUCUGAUUGCGCGGCUACGACAGAGCAGUCCUGCCCAGCAGAGAUCGCGAGGCUUUAGUAAUGCCGCGCAGCCUCACCAGGGUCGAGCCGCUCCCGCCGGCGCACUACAGAGUCAAGGCACUGGGGGCGGCGCACAGCAAAAGCCAGGCAGAAUCACGGUCGGAGGAGCAACAGGCAGCUCGCAGCACACCAUCAACGAGGACGAGCGCACCGCCUUCACCUCGCACAUCAACGCGGUUCUGGCCGGCGAUGCAGACAUUGGCCACCUCUUGCCCUUCCCACUCGACACCUUCGAGAUGUUCGACUCCUGCAGAGACGGUCUCGUGCUAGCCAAGCUCAUCAACGACAGCGUGCCGGACACCAUCGACGAGCGGGUGCUGAACAGAGAGGGCAAGAAGAUCAAGAAGCUGAACGCUUUCCACAUGACGGAGAACAACAACAUUGUCAUUGAGUCCUCCAAGGGGAUUGGCUGCUCUGUGGUCAACAUUGGCGCUGGAGAUAUUAUUGAGGUCCGCGAGCAUCUCGUGCUGGGUCUGAUAUGGCAGAUCAUCCGUAGAGGUCUGCUGGGCAAGAUCGACAUCAAGCUCCACCCUGAGCUUUACCGCUUGCUUGAAGACGGUGAGACAUUGGAGCAGUUUUUGCGACUCCCUCCCGAGCAGAUCCUGCUGAGAUGGUUCAACUACCACUUGAAGAACGCUGGUUGGAACAGGAGAGUACAAAACUUCUCGAGCGAUGUCAAGGACGCGGAAAACUAUACUGUCCUGCUCAACCAGCUCGCACCCAAUGUCUGCUCGCGAUCACCUCUCCAGACCUCCGACCUACAGCAACGAGCCGAGCAAGUCCUCCAAAACGCCGACCGCCUCGAUCCUCCGUGCCGCAAGUUCUUGACACCAAAGUCACUCGCGGCAGGCAACCCGAAGCUCAACCUUGCAUUCGUCGCAAACCUCUUCAACAACCACCCAGGUCUGGACCCGAUCACAGAGGAAGAGAAGGCAGAGAUCGACGACUUCGACGCAGAGGGCGAGCGCGAAGCACGUGUGUUCACUCUAUGGCUCAACUCGAUGGACGUCAAGCCAACUGUCACAUCAUUCUUCGACGAUCUCAAGGACGGCAUCAUUCUGCUACAAGCAUACGACAAGGUUAUCCAGGGCAGCGUGAACUGGAGACACGUCAACAAGCCACCAGCCAAUGCCGUCACACCUGUGAGCCAGGACGAGGAUGAGCAAUACCUGACGAUCAAGUCGGGUAUGUCACGAUUCAAGGCGGUCGAGAACACCAACUACGCAGUGGAGAUUGGCAAGCAGAAUAGAUUUUCGCUUGUUGGUAUCCAAGGUGCAGACAUCACAGACGGCCAGCGGACUCUCACACUCGGAAUGGUCUGGCAACUCAUGCGCAAGGAUAUCACAAACACUCUGUCAGCACUCGCACAACGUCUCGGUAAGCGCGAGAUCAGCGACUCGGACAUGGUGCAGUGGGCCAACAACACCGUCAAGAAAGGUGGUCGCUCAUCGCAAGUACGGAGCUUCAAGGACCAGCAAAUUGCAUCGGGUGUGUACCUUCUUGACGUGCUGAACGGCAUCAAGAGCUCGUAUGUCGACUACGAUCUCGUGGCCACUGGACGAUCAGACGAGGAGGCAUACGCGAAUGCCAAGCUCGCCAUUUCGAUCGCAAGAAAGAUGGGCGCGACCAUCUGGCUGGUACCGGAGGAUAUCACGAGCCUGCGGACGAGACUCAUUGUCACUUUCAUGGGUAGCUUGAUGGCUACGGCAGAGAGGCUGGGUGUCUAG